UAGCAUAGAAAAAUAGAGCAUUCUUUUCUCUAUCAGACUAUAUACAAAGAAAGUCUCUUAAAGCUUUUUAUAAGGAAUAAAAGUACUACUGCCACUACUUUUGGAUUGCCCUAAGUAUUUUCUAUUAUUGAUAAUCAUUACUCAAAAAUGCAAUCUUUAUACAACAAUCAAGCAUUCCUAGUAGGACAAAACUGGGGCAAUACAGUUAUCCUUACAAUAACAGCUUUCAAGUAACAGGUAACUCAAAAAUUCAUUACUACAAUUUCUGGAUAAGGGAGAGAUAUUUCAGGGAAAUAAUGAUCUUCUUAUAAAGGUUGAUCAAAGGUAAUCGACGUUGAGGAAUCUAAAUCUGUAAUCAGUUUCUCAAAAAUCUUUAUCUUAAUUUCUCUUUAUAAAACUCAUUAUUCUCGAGGAAUAGCUUUUCUUUGUCGAGAAAGUAGAGUGAAGAGUUAUAAGAUAGUUUAUGAGAGGAUUCAGAAACCAUGACACUGUUCAUAAUUUAAAUUGUUGGUAUUUCUAUCUGACUUUGAAAGGCUAUAAUCUAAAAUCACUAAAUGGAAAACUUUAGGUCAUUUAGGUGUUCUUUAGUGAAAGUAGUCUAGAUCGACUCUUUUGCACUGCCUACAACGAGAAAACAGUGGACUUCAAUUACAAUACAGUACGGUAAAAUUAUGUGAAAAGUACUUUGAGAUAUAGCAAAGUAUUUUGAAAUUACAGAAAAAUAGUUUAAAAAUUAUAGAGAAGAACUUUAGGGUAGCUCGGAAUGCUGUCAAGCAGUUCAAAUUAACUUCAAGUGUAAAGCACUCGGUUUCUCCCGGGAUUAUUUAUCUACUAUCUAGAAAAUAGUGAUAAAUUGAUUCAUAAAUGCCGACUAGGAUUAUACUUGGAUGUACGUGUCGAAAAGGUGGAACAAAAAAAGGUCGAAAAAUCUGUGAAAAGAUGGAUGUAGGUGGGUCAGUGUUUGAGUGUACGUCUAGAUAUGGUUACAGCCACACAGCCACAUAGCUACAGUUCACAUCCAGAGUCACAUAUGCUCUACAGAUGUUAGAGGAGGUUCGUUUGUUGAUUUUGUAAAUGAAACCAUCCGACAGCAGUAUACGAUAGCUUUUUAUUGAAAAAAAAGAAAAAUAUAUGGUACUUGUAGUGAUGAUUAUUGUACAAUCAAAGAAUCACACGAUAAAAAUGAAGAAAAUGUGCUUCAAUACCUUAAAUGAAGCAAAAUAGAUAGACGGGGAUAAACCAAGACUAUGACUAUUUUCUUUGUACAAAUACAGUUUUUCAUAUUUUCGCUGUUGUGUGAUGUUCAUUCGUAGAAUGACGUGUUGGAGAAAAGUAUUAUCUAAUCAAUGGAGCUUAAACGGACAACAUAAGAAAAAAAUGAAUCAGUAUUAUUGCAUGACGAAAUCUUAAAACUUUCGACAUCUUUCUCUUGGACUCUUUUACAUCCAGUCUACUUCAACAUGCUAGAGAAUUUUUUCAUACGAUAUAACAAAAGAUGGAGUGUGAAAAGCUGAAACCAAAUCAGCUUUGUCAACUACUAUAUACGAUCCAUUUACUGGCCUCACAUAGUCCAACAUGAGUGAAAUAGAUCGUCAUGUAUUAUUUUAUUCAGAUAGAUUUUUGAAAACAUAUAUACUUCCAUUUCUUGAAAUCACAAAUUGACAUGCUGGAUUUUAUAUAUGUCAAUCCACUUUUGAUUCUUUACAUAAUGACAAAAAGUAUUGAAAAAAAAUUCAACUUCUGCAUGAAUCGGAAGUUACAUCUAUUCCAUACAAUGUAAUUUUUGAUAAUUUUUCAGUAGAGAAAAAAGGGUGUGGAUAUGAGGUGUGGGUAUGGGGUUUGGGUAUUAUUCUCUUCCUAACACUCACACCUUCACCCUCACCCCACACCCUUAUUCGAAAAACUUGCUAGUUUUUAUAAAGAUGAGUGAUGUAACAGUGGAGAAAUAUGCUAAUAAAUCAUCAAUGUCAUAAGAGAAUGUUGCAUGUCUGUAUCCUCUACGUUUUAGUUAAACUAAAUAAGAAAAUAUUCAUUUUGUUUCUUUCGUAAUUACUCGAUGGAGACUCAACGAUCAAGAGCUUAACUGUAGUAUUACCAUAUCCAGUAGUAGCUAUUCGUUCUUGUUAGCAAUAUUUCUAUCAAUCUCAAUGUUCAUUUUCUACAAAAAAAAGGAUCCAGUUUGCCAUUAAGUACUCUAUUAUGUUAUCAUAUUUGUGCUUUGAUUAUGAUUAGUGAGCAACCGAUCAUCGUAAAAUUUUCAAUUUUAUUUCUUGCUUAACCUUUUGAAUGUAGAAAAAACGUGAUGCUCACAGUGGUCUUUAUCUUUUUGUAUCUCGAAUAACAUUAAUGAUAAAAUUAAGUGUAUUUACAAUUGAAUGUACUCUACUCCUUACAAUAUUAACGGGUUCAAUCAAUAAUCGAAUGUUUAUAAAUGUAUAUUAUAUACUUGACGAUCAAUAUCUUCUCGUUGUUAUUAUUAGUAGUGACUGGCUUAGUGACUGCGUAGCUAUUGAACGAACAGUUCAUGCUGUGAAAAGUAUUAAUUUAAGAAAUCAAAUAGUAGACAAUUAG